AUGGGCGAGCGCGCGGCAAGCCGCACCAAUAAGGUGCUGAACAAGAUCUCCGGCAUGUACGUCAGCAAGACCAUCGGCUACAGCAAGGACUACGCCGACAACUUCCAGCGGGUCUUUGGAAAAUCCGGUCCCACGGAAGAAGCCGGUGACGAAGGUACCCAGGUGGCCAACCUUCGCUCGGUGGACUUCCCCCAGGGGCCGCUGGGUCUUGAGAUCGAGUGGACGGCGCCGCCGGUGGUGGUGUCUGUCGACCCAGAAGGGGCUGCCCAAGCCGCCACGCUGCGAGAGGGUCAGGUGCUACUCGAGAUCAACGGCCGGGACGUCACCGAAUCCCUCCCCGAGUUCGAGAUCGAGCACCUUAUGCAGCAGAGACCGCUGAACAUGCAGAUUGGCGAUGCUGCCAAGGCACCCACCCCCAGCCGCUGGGAUGGAGUGCGGCAGCAGGGUCUACUCCAGGUCUCCGGAGUGCUGUCAGGUGCGACUUGCCAGGAGCUCUUGGUCUUUGUGAACAGCGAGGUCAAGCGGAGUAUGGCAGCCUCCGACGGCAGUGUGGCUGGCCCGGUUAUGAUGGCCCAAACGGCCGAGCCGCAAGACCCGACAACUUCGGCGAGACCACUGCUGAAUGGCCAAGGCCACCGGCCAAGAUCGUCGGAGCCCGACACCAGGGAUGGCUACGGGAGCAUCGUACAGACCAGUGAGACUGGCCAUGGAGAUACAGAGCAUGGUGAGUUGGAGGCCUAUGGUGCCACGCGCGAAGGUGGUGCAGAGCAUGGGGCCAUGGACUCACAAGCCAACGAACAACCGGACCGGACGCUGGGAUCGGACAACGCGUUACGAACCGAGCAACCGGACACAGCACGCGAGACUGGUGGAAACGCUGUUGCAACUACGACUGGGAGAGUUUCUGGCCGUGGCGUAACCGGUUUCCUCUGGGAGACGGUGCAGACGUUUACAGGUGUCAGACAGGAGCCUGUGUCCUCAGGUUCUUCUGGGCCCGAAGCCUACUACAGCGUGGGCACUGCGAGCAUGGGAGAGGAGACUUUUCCUCUGUUGGCAGAAGGGACCCAAGGAAGUGGUGAUGGAGGCGCAGACUGCCCGACAGGACCGCUGUUUACUGAGCCGAUGAUGGAGCAGUUGGAAGCAAUGGAGGCCGCAGCGCCGCUGUUGUACGGGAGCCAGACACCGCAGGACUGGACUCCCCCGCCACCGCCGAGAUCUGAGGCAUCAGCCAGCUCUGGAGCCAUUCAGGCUGAGGUGCAUCGCCAGCUUGAGGCGCUGAGGCGUGAGCACCAAGGGCAGCUGCAGUACCUAGCUAGGGAGAACGAAGCCCUGAGGAGUAGACUGGUUUCAGGCCAGGUCUCCACCUUGCAACAGGUGCCUCAGGUCCCAGGUUCGCAGCAGGUGCCUCAGGUCCCAGGUUUGCAGCAGGUGCCUCAGGUCCCAGGUUCGCAGCAGGUGCCUCAGGUCCCAGGUUUGCAGCAGAUGCCUCAGGUCCCAGGUUUGCAACAGGUGCCUCAGGUCCCAGGUUUGCAGCAGGUGCCUCAGGUCCCAGGUUUGCAUCAGGUGCCGCAGGUCCCAGGUUCGCAGCAGGUGCCUCAGGUCCCAGGUUCGCAGCAGGUGCCUCAGGUCCCAGGUUUGCAGCAGGUGCCUCAGGUCCCAGGUUUGCAACAGGUGCCUCAGGUCCCAGGUUUGCAGCAGGUGCCUCAGGUCCCAAGUUCGCAUCAGGUGCCACAGGUCCCAGGUUUGCAACAGGUGCCACAGGUCCCAGGUUUGCCGCAGGUUGCAGAUCAGGUACAGACCUCCAAUCAAGGCCAUACACCACCCUUCUGGACGGGGUACUUGACUCCCUGGACCAGGAAUCCAUCUCCAACGCCAGGUCAACCCUCUGAGGGCCCUAGUCCGGGACCAACUGCCGAUGCCAUCCUCGCAGGGCUGCAGGCCCUACUCGGGGGGCAGACAACCGCUGGAGGGGAAUCUUCAGUGGAGCAAGUUAAGUACAGCUGGAGCGAGUUCCCCAAGCUUGCGGAGCCCGGAGCUGACUCCUCCUUGGUCUUUACAGACUGGCUCCACUCUAUCUCCCCUUGCAUUGAAGACAUGUCGCCCACCUCAGCAGACCUGUGGGGCCACCUGCAAGCAGAGGCCAGCAGCUGGUAUGCCAGUUACAUGGGAGCCGACCCCAUUGCUCGUUUGCUUCUGGUACCCUCGCCCAGCCAACACCUCACUUGCGCACGGUGGAGUCGAGUGUCCAAGCGGCUCGAAGCAUUGUUCCUAGGUGCCUGCCCCAAGUCAGUCCGAGAGGAGCUGGUUGCUAGCCGGAUUCGAUCCCCGCUGGCGAUCUUGUGCCGUCUUCAUGUUCUGUAUGCUCCUGGUGGAGUCCAGGAGCGAGAGAUGGCCUUGCAGCAGCUCCAGCAGCCUUCGCCUGGACCCAAUCCCCAAACUGCUUUGGAGAGCCUUCGCAGGUGGAAACGCUGGCUAACUAGGGUUGAAACCCUAGGUGGGGGGGUGCCCGAUCCUCUCAUCCUAGCAAAGGCCCUAGGGGUGAUCGUUAAGCCGGUCUUGGAAGCAAGCCCUGAAGUCCUGUUCCGGAUAAACCUGGUGAGGGCUACCUUGAAGGUCGAAGCUGCGCCCACCUUAAGCGUAGUGAUGUCGUACCAUGCUGCCCUGACCGCCGAGCUUGAAACACUGGCUCGGACCAAGCUCAAGCAAGGAUCGACACCGUCUGCCCAGGCAGUGACUGGCCCAGAUCCACCCGAACAGAAUAAGGGUAAGGGAAACGGUAAGGGAGGAGCAAGUUCGAAGGUCAUUGGCAAGGGUGAAGGGGCAUCCGUCCCAGUUCGUCAAGGGGCGUGUAAGUUCUUUGUGCAGGGAACAGGAUGUAACAAGGGGGAUAAGUGCUCGCAUGCGCAUACCUGGACCGACAUCCCUUCCCACCUCCGCAAGGGAAGAUGCAUGGCCUGUGGGGGGACUGGACACAUGAAGUCCGCUUGCCCAAAGGUGAAUGCCCUACUGGAUGAUGCGGCUAAGGUUCUGCAAGCCUUCCACGUGAACGGGGUGUCCGAAUCCCCGCCUUCUCCGCCACCGGCCGCAGCCAAACCCACCGGGGCUUCCAGCUCUGCGCAGACCGUCGUUCCAGGCACUCCGGUCACUGUCGCUGCCCUACAGUCGCAGCUCGAUGCCCUUCGAAAGGCUGUCCCGGAUGCCAAACCUUCAGUGCAAGCAGUGUCAGGUAGUGUUCAUGCUGCUAGCCUAGGGGGUCCUGGAUGGAAUCCCUCGUCACCUGAGCCGAACCAUCCGGAGCCAAUGGCUCUAAUCGACAGCGGGGCCACCCAUCCUGUUCGUGCUCUACAGCCAGAGGACGCUGAAAGAGGGGUUACGUACAUAGAGGUUGGACUAGCCGGGGGUGCUUCUAAGAUCAUGCCACAAACCGCAGCCGGAACGCUCCUGACCGAGGAAAAGAGCCACUCUCAAGCUAUAGUCCCCGCCGGGGCUCUCGUGGAGCAAUUGGGGUGUAGCAUCUCCUGGAAAAGGGGGAAGAUCGUGGUGACUCAUCCCAUGUAUGGACGACUCCAAGUCCGAAUCCGGAAUGGAUGCCCGGUUCUAGCGGAAACUGAGGCACUACGCCUGAUUGAAGAGUUGGAGAUGAAGCGACUCCAGGAGCUUGAAAAUCAGGUUGAAGACCUCCAAGCCCGUGCAACCGGGAGCCGCCUCGACCUGCUCCAAGCAGCCGCAAGUGCGUACUCGAAGAAGCCUCCUGGGUUCUGCUGCCGCCUUGCAGGUAUUCAAGCCACUCCAGGGUCCCAGUCCCACGUUGUUGCACUCGUGACUUGGCUAUGGACUUUGAGCACCGCUAUGCGAGGUUACACCGUCCCUUUAACCGCCGCCUUUCGGUCAAGCCAGACUCCUGAGAGUCCAUUGUGGAAGGGCUUUGAGACGUGGGCCGGACUGCCGCCUGUGGUUAAGAGUCGAGGGAACGAGGAGGUGUGGUUGAGCACCAACUGCAGAACCGAGGAGAUGUGCGCGUCCGUCACCUGGAGCAAUCUCCUGCAGAACAUGGUGAAGGCCAUGCUACCGUCGCCUGCGAACCCGUGUGCAGCUGCCAUUGAAGCCCUGGAUCGAGAAAUUGAAGAGGGCCUGGAACGAGAUGGCAUCUCCAUGCAGGAGCCCUUGGACCCUAAGGAACGGGGCUGGUGGAACCACAUCCGACAGGGGCACUUGCCCUACCGGCGUGACUGCAGGGCAUGUGUGUACGGAAGCGCCGUAGGUCUGCAACACCGCCGGGUACCUUACCCGGCCUCAUUUUCCCUGUCCUGUGACUUGCUCGGUCCUCUGCCGGAGAAGGGCUUGUCUGAGGAGAGUGUGGCCGGAAAGGCCAGACACGCCUAUGCCUUGGUGGGUGCGUUUCGGGUUCCCACAGAGUUGCUGGACAAGAACGGCUGGGGGAAUGUCGAAGCAAGUCUUCGGGAUCUUUUCGACAAGGAUCUUCUGGAGGAGAUGAGAAAAGAGGGAGGCAAGGACCUUGGAGUCCCGAAGGUCCCACUCCCUCGGCCUGAUGAGAAGGAUCACAGUCCACAUCCUUCCACUAGCAAUCACGAUCCACUCGAGAAGGGUCCCAGCUUACGUCCUUCCACUUGCAGUCCCGAUCCACUCGAGAAGGAUCCCAGCUUACAUCCAUCCACUCGCAGUCCUGAUCCACUCGAGAAGGUCCCUCAAGCUAGCGUCCCUGAACACUCACACUUGGCCUCCGACGACCCUGCCUGGGAGCGGGUUCAUACAGGAGAUGAGUCCGAAGACCUAGUCAGCUGUGAGGUUGAAGCCCAGGAGCUAGAGGAGGACGACCGGUAUGAUCUCCAAGCCUUCAGGCAAACCAUAGCCUUCUUGCAGGAGCCAGUGCCUCAGACAGUACUUCGCUUUGCUAGGCCAAUCCCCUCCAAGAAGGCCACUGCGAUAAUCCCCGCUCUUCACUCCAUCGUCGGCGAAAUACAACAGCUGGGAUUUCCGGUACGUUCCCUACACACAGACCAAGGCAGGGAAUUCCUCAGUGAUGGAGUAAAGAACUUCUGCAGCAAUCAUGGAAUCUCCGUGAGAAUGUCUGAACCUCACGAUAAAAGGGCCAACGGACUCGCUGAGAGGAUCGUGGGAUGGGCCAAACAAAGGACGAGAUGUCUUCUCACCGCAGCCCGCCUGGAUCGCAAGUUCUGGCCUCUUGCCAUGAGCUAUGCCACUGCGACGCACCUGAGCAUGUCCACCGGCAAGCGUCUCCCUGCCUACUUUGGUCAACAAGUGACAUACAAGCGACCGGUGUUGCCGGGACACCUGAAGCCGUGGGAACCGUGGGCGGAUGGGAGAUACAUGUGCCCGUCACAGGUCGUAGUUGAUGGUCAUGUGGUUCUAAAGGGGGAUGGUAACCUAAUAGUGGUUAAGAACGUAAGGUCUGACCUUGUGGAUGCCGAGCAACACCUCGGGGAUCGCCUCCCUGCUGUCGUUGCUGAUGGAAUUGAGUCCCACCCGCCUGCCUCCAGCGUGAGCUACGACCCGGAGCGAGACCUGCCUGAGGCCGAUAGGUUCCCCCACAAGAAAGGCCCACUACAGUCAGAAGCAGCUCCUAGUACCUUUGCCGCCCCUGCCUUCAGAGUUACUAGGAAGACUCCAGGAGUUCCGGCAUCCGCGGCUCCCCUGCCUAAGCCUUCCCCUGCCAGGAGGAGGAUUGUCAGGAAAACCGCGGUGCGAGCUGUUCGGCUUGAAGUUCGAGGGGAAGAGGAGGCGAGAAACCUUCUUGCUGAAGAGGACUUCCGGCCUGAAAUCGCAUGUGAACUUCUAGACCAUGUUUUUGGAUCCUGGAAGAAGCCUGGAACAGCCAUCGGGAAGGGGAGGGGUGGUCAUGCAGGAUGCAUCCUAGGAGCCUACGCUUAUGGUAGCAUUAAGAAGGGAAUCACCAGUCUGGAGACCUCAGACGGUCCUGCCGACACUGCCACUUGGACGUCUCUCGUCGUCAUCCAGUCAGACGAGGUCCCUCCACAUAGGGAUCUAAACAAUGAGCAGGGGACACAGAACCACCUCUUGUGCCUCGACCACGUCCACCUUUGGACCGAGGGAACUGCGGAAAGCAACCCUGUAAAAGGGGGGGGUACCACCUUCGACUUGACGGUCUGCGACUCCACUGGCAGAGAGCACUCAGGUCGUGUAACCGAAGUCUCUAAGAAGCUGGUGACGUUUGACGCCCGCAAAUGGCAUUCCGUUGUCCGCACCAGGCGAUGGAUGCUUGCUGGUUACACGCCCCGGGGUUGGGACACCUCCCUUGUAGCCUGCCACCCGGAAGCUCCAGCGCGUCAGGCCAGGUCUCCUCACUUGACACUUCCACCCAAGAGACUCAAGGUUCACUGCCGAGCCACUUGGGUCACGUCGAAGAUGAGGCCGAUGGGUCCAAGCCCAAUCAGACCCGCAGUCCUCACCAGUGUGGCCGCCUCCUCUGCGGCCUCACACCCUGAGCAGAUUCCCGAAGCGCCAGGAGAGGCGGACAGCAGUUGUGGUGCGUCAGUGGGGUCUGGGCCCUGGCAUGAUCCUCGUGAGACCCCAGCUCUUGUUGAACUUAUCCCGCAACGACUGUAUGAUGAGGGACAAGAGAUGGGCCCUAUAUCCCCGGCAUUGUAUGCCGAACUGGUGCAUGUGGGGAACGAAGCUGAUCUGGUAGUACGGAAAAAUGACGCAUACUACGCAGAAGGAGCUUUUCAAGACGUCCUAAGGGGCUACAGGGUGGGGACAAAUGGCCUGGAUCCCAUCGUAGGGGGGUUAAUGUUGAGAGAUUUGGCUCGGUAUAGAAGGGAAACUUUCGGGUUGGAAGGGGAGACAGAAGAAGGCCCUUGCACCACAGAUUCCUCACAUACCUUGCCGGAAGUCCGUGCCCUCUCAACCCUUGCGCUCCAACGCCGCACCAGUCCUUCGCCCGAUAGAGUGCCUGCAGUGCAGCUGAAUCCUUCCAUAUUGCUGCGCCUGGAGGAUGUUGAAGACAGUGUUGCUGUUUUCAAUAGACCACUUGGCUCGGGGGGAAGCUCGCCUUUUAACGUGCCUGAGGAGGUGGAGCAACUUACGCAGCUGCUGAAGGUGGAUCUGUAUACCCAAGAUGUCGAAGGGAAGCUUGAAGCACUCAACGGGGCCCCUCUUGAGACUACUUACAAUGUCUCCCCUGCAGAGAUUCGAAGGUUCGGUGAUCGCUGGAAGGCUUCGAUGGUGGCCGAAUUCAACUCGCUGAUAGAGAAGGGGGCAAUAAAGAGAGUCUUUGGGGAGGAAGCUGCCAGGCUGAAGAGAGACCCUUCGUCAAAGGUACUGCAUACCAAAACUGUGUGUGUUGCCAAGCCGGGGAAGGCGGGUGAACCGUUUCGUAGAAAAAUCCGGAUUGUGGCCUGCGGGUGCGAAAGUGAAUACACGGAUGAGUCGAACUUGUACGCCUCGGGAGUAGUCGCCGACUCGUUGAGGUCCAGCCUGGUCAAGGCUGCCACGGAGUCGUGGCCGGCUCAUGCAACGGACAUUCACACUGCCUUCUUGCUGGCGCCCCUUGGCCAGGCAGCUCACCAAAGACAGUACAUCCUUCAGCCGGCGCAGGUCUUGGUUGACUUGGGCAUCGCACAAGAGCAUGAAUGCUGGACCAUAGACCGUGCAAUUUAUGGGCUCCGGGAAUCACCGCGGUGGUGGACCGAUUUUCGGAAUCAGUCGCUCCUGAAGGAAACCAUACGGUCCCUCAAUCCGGAACCCACGGGCGAUUUGCCAUCUGGCGCCUCGACCCAGGAGGAGUACGAUCUGCAGCAAGGGCUUGUCGACGACAAUAUCUUCAAGAUCCGACGUCGUAGCGACAACAAGCAUGUUGGACUAUUAGUGUUGUACGUAGAUGAUUUCUUGAUCCUGAGUGAUACCCCUGUCGCGCAAGCCAUUCACGCCCAUUUGCAGAAUGUCCUGAAGUGGGAAUGCGACCCACUGUCGACCGCCACCCCUGAUCGCCCCUUGCGAUUCCUGGGGGUCAACAUCCGACCUCUCCCAGAUGAUGGAGUAAAUGGCCCAGGAUUCUCUUUGGAACAAGAAGCCUACAUCGAAGAAGUGCUGCGGGGUCAUGGGUUUACUGGUCCGGGAAGCCGAGUUGCCUGCAGCAAGGAACUGCUGUGUGAAGCCUUUGAAGAAAACCCAAACCAGCAGGACAUCCGGGAAGCCCAGAAGGCUACCGGAGAGGCCUUAUGGGUCUCCCAGCGCUCGAGACCAGACAUAUCCUUUGUCGUGAAUUACAUGUCCUCCAUGUCCACCAGAGCUCCUAAGCAAGUUCUGCUUGUAGCUGAGCGCCUUUUCCGAUACCUGCAUCAGACUAGGAACCACCGGCUUGAACUUCGAGCGACCACAGGGAGCGAAGACCUAAUCGAGGUCUUUACGGAUGCAUCAUUCGCACCGUAUGGCUCAAGCAGCUAUGGCGGAAUCCUCAUACGCCUCAACGGUGCUCCCUGCAUGUGGCGAGCCGGUCGCCUUCCCCUGAUCGCCGUGUCAACGGCGGAAGCCGAGCUCCAAGCACUCAGCGAAGGCGCCAUCUUCGGGCAGUCAUUCCAAGCAGCUCUCCAGGACAUCACUGACCGACCAGCCGAGAUUGUUCUGCGGUGCGACAGCACCGCCGCUAUAGCCCUUGCCCAGGGAAGCUCAAGUCAGAGGACUCGACAUCUGAAGGUGCGGGCAGCAGCCCUGUACCAGCAGUUACAGUCAUCGAUGAUGAGGCUGGAGCAUUGCCCAGGCGAUACCCAACUUGCCGACUUAUUCACAAAAUCCCUUCCAGGUCCCCGCUUGAGCGAACUUGCUGGACUUGUGGGACUGGCCGAAGCAAGGACACCAGAGUCACCGGCAUCGUCCCCGCAAGCCAAUGCUGUUGCAAGCAGGGCCUUGUCCAAGAGGGAGAAGCUCCGGCAAGCCGUGUCUGAAGCGAUUGAAUGUGAGAUCCCCUCCACUGUCACCUCGCCUUCCACACCUUCUACGGAAGGAGGAGUGUUGAAAGUCCCCACCCCAUUUCUGGCAGGUCAACGACUUCCGAUCUCGAGGCAGGCCACGUUUUCUUUACUCUGGGUGAUUGGUUUCCUCGACUACCUCAACCCGUCUAAUUUCUACAGGAAGUUCUAUGGGUCUUCCCACGAGAUAAGAAAUCUUCAACAUACCCUUUGGGCAGAGGGCAAGGCCAUUCCAGUUAGUCAGCGGCUUCAGCGCCUUCUGCCUAUGGACCCAGUGGUCUACAAGGCCUUCGAAGAGAUGUUGAGAUGGGACGGGCCAGAAGAGGGCCUGGGUGGCGCGCUGGCCUCUCUUGGGGGCCAGGAGUCCCGGCUUUGGGCUCUGCAUGCCUCGUUGUCAAUGCCUGGUGCUGCAAUGUCGCCGGUGCACUAUACUGACGCCCCAGGGCUGUACACUGCCGCCGUCGCCCUGGCCGAUGUGUCCUAUGACAUGGGGCCCCUACACUUCUGGCCAGGUACGAACACGCCGCUGGCGCACGAGCAUUUCGAACGGGCGCCGCGCGAGUUUUUGGACCAGCGCCCGCCGGCGGCGCCUUUGUUGAAAGCAGGGGAUGCCCUGAUCUACGACGAGCAGAUCUUGCGCUCUUGGGCGGACAACGCUUCAGCCAAGCCUUUGCCGCUGCUCUUCGUCACCUUCCAGACUACGCGCGGACAAGAAGCGGAGACGCAGGCCAUCCCAGAGCUGCUGCUGCCGUCUCUGCACGGCCGCUUCCGCCUGCUGACCCACAAGAAGGGGGAUCGCAUCAUCGGGGAGGCGCGGCUCCUGUGGUGGACAAUAGCCUGCCUUGCCGCUGCGGCGGCGGCCGGCAUCGUGGCGCCCACGUUCCUCCCCGGUUUUGCGGGCGCCGGUGCGCGCGCACCAGCUGCUCCGCAGCUCCGUGGCUCCACAGCCGCUGGCGCAGGCUCCGGUGUGGGUGCCAUCGGUGCCAUUGCUGCCGGUGGCGCCAUAGUGACUGCGCUCGCCUCCGCACGCCCGGCACGCGCGGCGCACAAGGCCGCUUGCAAGGCCGGCCGCCGUGAGCUAGCGGUCGCCUACGAGGACUCAGGCAUCGACCUCCUUGACAACGGCAAGUUCGCGCAGGGCUUGGUGGGCUCCGAGGGUGCCUGGGGGCGCUACGAGUUCGAUCCCUUGGGCUUCUCUUCGAAAACGGAGCAGGUCCCCUGGCUUCGUGAGGCGGAGCUCAAGCACGGCCGCAUCUGUAUGCUCGCCUGGCUCGGCUUGGUGGUCCCGGACUUCGUUCGCCUGCCGGGCGAGAAGUUCUCAUUCGAGGCCGUGCCUGUCUCCAUCGAUGCUCACGAAGCCUUCCGCGGUGCAACGGGCGUCAACGCCCAGAUCUUGUUCUGGGUCAGCCUCGUGGAGCUCUGCUGCACGAAGAAGGUCUUCGAAUGGAACUCUCUCGAGGUCGCCGGCGACUAUGGUCUCACCAGCUGGUUCCCCAGUGACGAGGAGGGCCAGAAGAAGAUGCGCUUGGCCGAGCUCAAGAAUGGGCGCCUGGCUAUGCUCGCCUUUGCUGGCGCGGUCACCCAAGCUGUCCUGACUCGCCAUCCUUUCCCUUGGCUGUACUGA